AUGAGCUCGGAACACCACAGCGACAGCAGCGAGGACGCGGGCGACACUCAUACAAACAGGCCCCAGGACCGUGGCGAAGGCGGGGGCAGCGACAAAGAGGAGCCCGAGAUUGACGACUCGGACGACGACGAUGAUGGGAUAGUCCGCGGGGUCUCGUCUUCACCCCUGAGAGGCAGCAGCGGAAGCGGUGGAGGGGACCGUGGAGAGCGGGGCGAGCUGUCCGAGGAAGAGCGCUGCAAAGACGCUCAGCAGCAGAGGGCUGGGAGCGCCGCGGAUGGAGGUGGAUACACGGGGAACAGUCUGUUUUCGUGGCUGCAGAAUAGGACUAUUAGGCGAGGGGUGUUUGUGGACCCCACACGGGACAACUUCAGGACAAUGACAAGUCUGUACUGCUCCAUGAACCCCGCGGCCGAGUCGGUGAACCUCAGUACGCAGACGCACGGAGCCGUGUUCAACCUGGAGUACUCCCCCGACGGAUCUGUGUUGACUGUGGCUUGUGAACAGACUGAAGUGCUGCUGUUUGAUCCAAUCUCAUCUCGACACAUUAAAACACUGACGGAAGCCCAUGAAGACUGUGUCAACAACAUAAGAUUUUUGGACAAUCGCCUAUUUGCCACCUGCUCCGAUGACACCACAAUUGCAUUGUGGGAUCUCCGUAAGCUGAACUCCAAGGUUUGCUCUUUGCACGGUCACGCGAGCUGGGUGAAGAACAUAGAGUAUGACACCAACACUCGUCUUCUGGUCACCUCUGGCUUUGACGGCAAUGUCAUCACCUGGGACACAAACAGGUUCACAGAGGACGGCUGCCCUCAUAAGAAGUUCUUUCACACACGAUACCUCAUGCGAAUGCGCCUGACGCCCGACUGCUCAAAGAUGCUGAUCUCCACUUCGUCUGGGUACCUACUGAUUCUGCACGACCUGGACCUCACGCAGUCCCUGGAAGUGGGCAGCUACCGCAUGCUCCGGGCCAGACGGACGCCACUCAGCUCUGACGGAGGCACAUCAGCAUCUCGGCCAGCUGGAAGUCGACAGGGAAAUGACUCGAGUAAACUCCAUCCACACAGAGAAGGUCUGUCACCGAGGAACAGCCUGGAGGUUCUGACCCCAGAGAUCCCUGGAGAGAGGGACAGAGGGAACUGCAUCACCUCCCUCCAGCUCCACCCCAAAGGCUGGGCCACACUCAUCCGCUGCUCCAGCAAUAUGGACGACCAGGAGUGGACGUGUGUAUACGAGUUCCAGGACGGAGCGCCCACUCGCCCCCUGGUCUCUCCGCGCUGCUCCCUGCGUCUGACCCACUACAUCGAAGAGGCCAAUGUGGGACGGGGCUACAUCAAAGAGCUGUGUUUCAGUCCAGACGGUCGGCUGAUCUGCUCCCCCUACGGGUACGGCGUGAGACUGCUGGCUUUCGACGAGGGCUGCGGCGAGCUCUCGGACUGUAUCCCGGUGCAAACCAGCGUCCUGAAGGAAAUCCGGUCUAUUUACUCUCACAGUGAUGUUGUCCUCACCACAAAGUUCUCCCCCACACACUGCCAGCUGGCCUCGGGCUGCCUCAGUGGACGUGUAGCUUUGUAUCAACCCAAGUUUUAG